AAGACAGAGUGUGUGCAAGUGUUACAUUAACAACAAAACAAGACGAAGAAGAAGAAGAAAGAGAAAGCGAAAAAAAAAAGCAAAAAAUCAAUCAGAUCCAAUUCUAUUUUCAAGUCCGCUACACAUAACUUUCUCUCUCUAUCUCUCUCUACUUUCUCUCUCUAGAAAAAUAAUCUCUGCGAGAUAACAGAACCAUAGGGUCCCUCAUCUUCACUAGUAAGAAGAAGAACAAAAAUAACAAACCCUAGAUAAACUCGUUACUCGUGAACUCGGAAACUCGAACUCAUUCUUCUUCAACUCAAUUCAAUUUUUUUUUUCUCUUCAAUUUCAACUUCUGAGAUUCAUUUUGAAGUUGUUUGAAGAUUGAAGAUUGAGCAUUUUACUGGCUGAGAUAGUGUAAUUUUGGAUUUAGCUUUAUUUUGGAGGCACAAUAAGGCUUGGAUUUUGGGUUUAACUUUUUUUUUUUUGUUAUUGUAAUUUUUGUGUGUACGUGUUUGGUUAUCAAGAGUUUGGUGUGAUUUGUUACUUGGGUGAACUCAUGUAUAGUUUACUUGGGUAUUUUUUGUGUGGUUAGUGUUGUUGAGUGAUUGUUGUUUGUGAAGAAUGGUGCCUCCGGGGCCACCUACUCCGAUUGGUGGUGCCCAAUCUGGGACUCCUUCACUUAUGAGAUCGAAUUCGGGGAUGAUGGGGGGUCAAGGUGGACAAGCUUCGUUUCCUUCGUUGGUUUCUCAGCGAAAUCAGUAUAAUAACAUGAACAUGUUAGGGAACAUGUCUAAUGUUGCUUCUAUGAUGAAUCAGUCUUUUUCCAAUGGGAUUCCAAACUCGGGACUUGGUGGAUUGGGAAAUAGUCAACGGGGUGGUAUGGAGGCUGGGGCUGAACAGGACCCUUUGUCUGGUGUUGGCAAUGGAAUGGGAUUUGGUAAUCCUUCGUCGUCGUUUGGGCAAUCAAAUAUGGCUAACCCUGGUUCAUCUGGUCAAGGACAAGGUCAAGGUCAGGGUCAGCAAUUUUCUAACCCUUCUGGUAACCAGUUGUUGUCGGAUCAACAGCAUUCCCAACAACAUGAUGUUCAGAAUUUCCAACAUGGUCAGCAGCAGUCAGGGCAGCAGUUUUCGGCUCCAAUGAACUCUCAACAACAACAACAACAUCAGCAGCAGCAACAUUUUCAAUCAAUGCGAGGAGGUAUAGGUGGUAUUGGACCUGUGAAGAUGGAGCCUCAAGGAAACAACGAUCAGUUUGGGCAGCAGUUGCCAUCACCGAGGAAUCUUGCUCAGGUGAAAUUGGAACCACAACAACUUCAAUCAAUGAGAGGUAUGGCACCUAUUAAAAUGGAGCCCCAGCAUAGUGAUCAACCAUUUUUGCAUCAACAGCAACAACAGCAACAACAACAGCAGCAGCAACAACUCCUCCAUAUGUCAAGGCAAACCUCUCAAGCUACUGCUGCACAGAUGAAUCUUUUACAACAACAGAGACUAAUGCAAUAUCAACAACAUCAGCAGCAGCAACUCUUAAAGUCAAUGCCUCAGCAGCAACGGUCCCAGCUACCCCAACAGUUUCAACAGCAGAAUAUGCCUAUAAGGUCUCCUGUAAAACCAGCAUAUGAACCUGGGAUGUGUGCUAGGCGGCUGACACAUUACAUGUAUCAGCAACAACAUAGACCUGAAGAUAACAACAUUGAUUUCUGGAGGAAAUUUGUCGCCGAGUACUUUGCUCCUAAUGCCAAAAAGAAGUGGUGCGUUUCCAUGUAUGGAAGUGGCAGACAAACAACUGGAGUUUUCCCUCAGGAUAUAUGGCACUGUGAAAUAUGUAAUCGUAAACCUGGUCGCGGGUUUGAGGCUACUGCUGAAGUUCUUCCCAGGCUUUUCAAAAUUAAGUAUGAAAGUGGUACUUUAGAAGAGCUCUUGUAUGUUGACAUGCCUCGUGAAUAUCAUAAUUCCUCUGGCCAGAUUGUUCUAGAUUAUGCCAAAGCAAUACAAGAAAGUGUUUUUGAACAACUCCGCGUUGUCCGGGAUGGCCAACUUCGAAUAGUUUUCUCCCCAGAUCUGAAGAUAUGCUCUUGGGAAUUUUGUGCUCGGCGUCAUGAAGAGCUCAUCCCCAGAAGAUUGUUAAUUCCUCAGGUUAGUCAGCUUGGAGCAGUUGCUCAAAAAUAUCAGGCAUGUACACAAAAUGCAGCACCCAAUCUAUCCAUUCCAGAGUUGCAAAAUAAUUGCAAUUUGUUUGUUGCAUCAGCCCGUCAGCUGGCAAAAGCCUUAGAAGUUCCAUUGGUUAAUGAUUUAGGAUACACAAAGAGAUAUGUGCGGUGCCUACAAAUAUCAGAAGUGGUAAAUAGUAUGAAAGACUUGAUAGAUUAUAGCAGAGAAACAGGAACUGGACCUAUGGACAGCUUGUCCAAAUUCCCUCGGAGAACAAAUAAUUCAUCUGCACUUCAUAGUCAGGCGCAACAGUCUGAAGAUCAAUUACAGCAGCAACAACAGCAUAUGGCGUCCCAUAACUCAAAUGGUGAUCAGAACUCUGUGCAAGCUGCUGCCAUGCAAAUUCCUUCCAACAAUGGUGUGGCAAGUGUAAAUAACAAUGUCAAUUCAGCAUCUGCUUCGACUACCACAAGCACCAUUGUUGGACUUCUCCAUCAGAACUCUAUGAAUGCUAGGCAGCAAAAUUCAAUGAACAAUGCAAGCAGUCCAUAUGGAGGUAAUUCUUCCCAUGUUCCAUCCCCAGGUUCAUGCAAUAACACAGUGCCACAAGGGCAACCAAACUCGUCCCCUUUUCAUUCACCUACACCGUCCUCAUCUAACAAUCCUCAAAAUUCUCAUCCGGGUAUACCAUCUGCAAAUCACAUGGGUGCAGCAAGCUCACCAGCUAAUAUUUCCUUGCAACAACAACAAACAUCUAUUUCCGGUGAAGCCGACCCAAGUAACGAUGCUCAGAACUCGGUCCAGAAAAUCAUUCAUGAGAUGAUGAUGUCCUCUCAGAUGAACGGAACAGGUGGAAUGGUAGGUGCUAAUUCUCUUGGAAAUGACAUGAAGAAUGUAAAUGGUAUCCUACCAGGGAGUACUAAUACUGGCCUAAACGGUGGCAAUGGCAUGAUGGGUAAUGGAGGCGUGAACAAUAAUCCUGGUGUUGGGGUUGGUGGUUAUGGCACAAUGGGUCUUGGUCCAUCUGGUUUACCCAAUGGAAUGAGGCCAGGAAUGGGAAAUAAUUCAGUCAUGAAUGGAAGAGUAGGAAUGUCAUCGAUAACUCGGGAACAGGCUAUGAAUCAUCAACAGGAUUUGUCAAGCCAACUGCUUAGUGGGUUUCAAUUUGAUUAGAGCGUUUACAAUGCCAGUUUGUGAUCACAUAACCGAGCCUUCACUCGCCACUGAAAUUUCUUGCUUCUGAAAAACUACAGUAAAAAUGCCUACGGACGCUGGAUUAAGUAUCGCAACGUGCGUCCAAACUUAAGCAGUAUCUUUUGGAUAGAGAGUGGUUCUUAGGCAGCUUCCUGUGCAGCAUGAGGAAGCUAGAUUUGCUUUCAGAACCCUCCUGAUGAUGGCAGAAUGCAGUCGGGUAGUCAUAGGUCUUUGUACUAAUCUGUUUUUUUUCUCUUCUUUUACAUAUAUAAUAUAUAUAAGAAAAUGAAAAUUUGUUGGCUGGUUGUUUGGCUGAUGGGGCUGAUUUUCCUGUUGUAUUCAGUUGUAACUUUUACUUUUUUGUAUUUUUAAAAUACGUUUAUGACAUACACAACCUUAUCAGUUGAUA